UAAGCUUCGUGGUCUGCCCCUUUGGCACACGUCAUGACAGACGUUUCAACUUUUGAUUUUCACAUAAAAAAUAUAAACAAUAGGAACUGCGGACAAAAAUGGAAAAUUUGUAUCAUCAAACGAAUCAUUUGUUGAAAGAGAUAGAGCAAAGUUUUCAGCGAUUGGUUCACACGGCUGGCCAGACUGAAAAUUAUGAUGUGGAAAAUGAGAUACAAAUGAAAAUAACUCAGGUCAAUAGUAAUUGUGACCGUUUAGAUGUUUUGCUUUAUAAAGUCCCAGUCUCUCAACGACCCACAGCUAAAAUGAAGGUUGAUCAAUUGAAAUACGAUGUGCGUCACUUGCAAAGUAGUCUUCAACUUUACCGGGAGAAGAGACAAAGACGGCAACAGGAGAUUUCGGAAAGAGAACAGUUAUUGAGCCAUCGCUUUGCGGCUAAUAAUACAGAAACAUGCUUGGACCUGGACUAUGCAUUGCAGCAUAAUCAACAAUUAGGCAAUGCACAUCAGGGCGUGGAUGAAAUGUUAUCGACCGGAAGCAACAUUCUCUCCAGUUUAGUUAACCAACGAACCACUCUCAAAGGAGCGCAGAAAAGACUUAUGACCAUCGGCAGUACCUUAGGUUUGUCCAAUCACACUAUGAAGCUGAUUGAAAGACGUUUUGUUGAAGAUAAAUACGUUAUGAUUGGCGGAAUGUUUAUAACGCUAUUAGUUAUAGGCUUAGUUAUAUACUUUGUUGUCUUUUAGUUUUGAGAUUGAAAUAUACCAAUGUUGGCUUUUUAUUCGUACAAUAUCAGCGUAGUGCAGAAAAAAUUCUCAUUGUUUUAAAUUGGUUUUGUUUAAAGUAUAAAUACAACGAUGCCGCAAUAUGAAGAAAGUACCUUAACUCUAAAGCCUAAAAUACAAAUAA